UUCAACAUGGAUAUGGAUUUAAAUAACGACUUGGAGAAACGCAUUUCGGAUGCCUUCUGUGUGUUUGAUCACCAUGGCGAAAAGUUCAUAGACGUCCGAGAAGUGGGCACGGUCCUCAGACUUCUCGGCUGUGUACCCACCGAGGAGGAGGUGAACGAAGUAAUCUCGGCAACCGAAUCCGAGGAGACCAGUGGCGAAGUGCAUUUGACCAAAUUUUUGCCACACGUCUCGCAGUUGCUCAUGGAACGAAAAAUGGAACCCGCUCCACCAGAGAAAAUUCUGCAGGCCUUUAAGAUCUUGGAUCCGGAAAACAAGGGGUAUCUGACAAAGGAGAGUUUUGGAAAACUGAUGAUGGAGGAGGGUGAGCCGUUCACCCAGGAGGAAAUGGAUGAGAUGUGGCCGGUGGCCAUAGAUCCCAUCAGUGGAAACAUACCAUAUGAGUUCUACUUGAACCAGCUGAUGGUCUAUCUGUAG